AAACUUCUCGUCUAAGUCAGAGUAAACCCCAAAUUUCACGAUUUGCAUACGGCGAACGGGCAUCGUUGUGGAACACAAAAGGGCUAAUUUUUGCUUGCUCUCAGUUCGAUCGGGUAGAUCAACUGCCUAUUCCGAACCCGAAUUCAGGUUCCUGUGCAAUAAUUUCACGAUGAUCGUUUUUUAAUUCAGAAUAUCGGUUUGAGGCGGCUGUGAUAUAUAUUGAAUCAGUAAAGAUGUUUUCUCGGAUUUUCGGAAAACCUAAGGAGGAAACUAAUGCUCUCACAAGUAUAGAAAAGUUAAACGAGACUCUGGAGAUGCUUGAGAAGAAAGAGAAAGUUCUUCAAAAGAAGGCUUCUGCAGAGGUUGAGAAGGCUAAAGAAUUUACAAGAGCUAAGAACAAGAGAGCGGCUAUACAAUGCUUGAAAAGGAAGAGGCUUUAUGAGCAGCAAAUUGAGCAGCUUGGCAAUUUCCAGCUGCGCAUCCAUGAUCAGAUGAUAAUGCUAGAAGGAGCAAAAGCUACAACUGAAACUGUUGAUGCUCUAAGAACUGGGGCAGCAGCAAUGAAAUCUAUGCAAAAAGCCACGAAUAUUGAUGACGUGGACAAGACAAUGGAUGAAAUAAAUGAACAGACUGAAAACAUGAAACAGAUACAGGAAGCAUUGGCUACUCCAAUUGGUGCAGCAGCUGACUUUGAUGAGGAUGAAUUGGAGGCAGAACUUGAAGAAUUGGAAGAAGCUGAGUUGGAAGAACAGCUGCUUCAACCUGCAACUUCAGCCCCUGCUGCUCCAGUGCGAGUCCCAACAGGCAAACAACCAGCUCGCCCUGCUCCUAAGCAGCAAACAGAAGAGGAAGAUGAACUUGCAGCUUUGCGAGCAGAAAUGGCUCUGAGCUAAUCCCAUUUCUGUUGGUUUAGCUGGUAUUUAUUACGACUUCAACAAAUUACAAGGAAGCUUAUGGAGAGUGAGUGUAUAUACAAGCAUCAGUAAUAAAUAACGUGUGUAUAUAAAAGAUGUUAUAGAUAUGAAUUCUGUGAACACUGUACUAUUGUCCUUGCUUGGAAAUAUUACACUUUCACUUACCUCCGCUGCUGUUUGGGUCAAUAGUCUGUAAACUUGGCAAUGUAGGAAAUCAAAUUCUGUGGAAAUUGUGACUUUAGGUCCUUACCAUAAAGGGAGACAUAGACUGUAUGUUUGAACUGAUGAAAAUUUUCAUCAAUAAAUAAGGUGGGUAAGGAUUUGUACUGAUUUUUAAGAA